AAUGCAAAAUCUAAACAGCUUCCCUGACAAACACACGUAGCACAUUAAGUCAUCAACACGCGCAAACUUGAAAAACCAAAUGAAAAUGCUCCAAACUCUAGCGGCCUCCAGCACCACCACCGCAAACACAGGGCUCAUCCUAAUCUCCUCCUCAUCUCUGACCAAACCCUUCGUUUCUCUCUCUAAGAAUUUCCAAUCUUCUCUCUCUAAACCCUUCACAUAUCCCCAAAAUUCAAAACCCAUUUCCUAUUAUCGCCCCCCAAUGAAUAUCCUCAACAAACUAGGUUUCGGAACAAAGCCUGACCCGUCAACCAUGGAUCCGACCAUCCCACAAGGCCCAGACGACGACGUGCCAGCACCAGGCCAGCAGUUCUCUCAGUUUGGUGCAGGGUGUUUUUGGGGCGUUGAAUUGGCUUUCCAGAGAGUUCCUGGUGUUACGAAGACUGAGGUCGGGUAUACACAAGGACUUAUGCAUAACCCUAGUUACGAAGAUGUGUGUACCGGGACUACUAAACAUAAUGAGGUUGUUAGAGUUCAGUAUGACCCUAAAGAGUGCAGUUACGACGCUCUCCUUGAUAUCUUUUGGGCUAGACAUGACCCUACUACCUUAAAUCGACAGGGAAAUGAUGUGGGAACACAAUACCGAUCUGGAAUAUACUACUACACCCCAGAGCAGGAAAAGGCAGCUCAGGAGUCGAUGGAACGGCAUCAGGACCUCGUGGGCAGGAAGAUAGUUACUGAGAUUUUACCUGCCAAGAAGUUCUACCGAGCUGAAGAGUACCACCAGCAAUACCUUGCAAAAGGGGGCCGUUUUGGGUUUAGGCAAUCCACUGAGAAAGGCUGCAAUGAUCCCAUCAGAUGUUAUGGCUAAGUAGCCUGUCACUAAGACUGGCAAAUUGGCAUUCUUGUUUAGGGACUAUAGUUAUGUAUAUCCACAUGCAUAAGUUUUUAUAUAUUAUGCCAGAGUAAACAUGUCAGUUUACAGGACAUGUAAUAUUCUAUUAUUUGUAAGGUGUGUGCGUUUUGCUAUCUGGUUAAAGGAUAUUACUUGGGCAGAUCAGUUGGUAUAUAUGAAAUAAGGUUUUAUAUGUAAA